AUGGCCUCGCCUUCAUCGCAGACGACACAACGGCUCCUGCGCGAGCUCAAGGACUACUCCAAGUCGCCAAACGAAGCGCUACUCCAUCUGGGUCCCGUCGAUGAAGAAGACCUGCUGCGAUGGGAGGCCGUUCUGAAAGGCGUGAAUGGCUCGCCGUAUGAAGGCGGCCUCUGGCACCUGCGCAUCGCCAUCCCACCCAACUACCCUCUGGCACCGCCCACGAUCAAUUUCACGACCCGGAUAUCGCACCCAAACAUCUCUUUCGAUAAGGGCGAGAUCUGCCUGACCCUCUUGACGUCCGAGCACUGGACCCCCAUCUACACGAUUUCGUCGACCCUCACCGCCAUCCACCAACUCUUGACGGAACCGGCGACAGACUCACCACUCAACGUCGAUGUCGCGGCGCUGCUCCGUGACGGUGACAUUGCCGGUUGGGAAAGCGUGGUGCGAUAUUGGACAGGCGAGGAGCGAUGGCAGGGAAAUACCAACUUUGGACGGUGA